AUGGUUGGCGCGGACUCGUGGAACAGCUGGCGUCGGAAUAAAGGACAUAGAGGCCGACCCAGAACCGUCGAACCCCGAGUUUGCAAAGAAGAAUGGAAGGAGACAAGGUCUUUGCCGCCCUGGUCUUCCUGGUCUCCGCCCUGGUCUUCGACGGGAGCACGGUCGCCGCCGUUUGCGCCGCGGCCCCCACCAGGUCCGCCUCCAGAAGGCAGUGACGAGCACCCGUUUGUCUCCCAAUGGAAGACGGAUCGCUGGGCGCACUGGGCAGAUGAGGACUGUGAGCCUGAGCCUGCCCCAAGUCUCGCUUCCCAGAGCACCUCAGCGACGAGCCUCCCAGCUGUCAAGCGUGAGCUGAGUGAUGACACCACCUCCUCGAGCGACGAGGACCAGCCAGGCCAGUUCCUGUCCAUCCUGAACAGGGGCCCACCAAAACCCAAGAAGAUGCCGAAGAAGAGGCCCAUGCCGCCUACUUCGGUGGCCACUUCGAAGUACGCCCCGCCGAAGCGCAGCUCAAGUGCGAUGGCACCUCCCCAAGUGCCAGAUCCAAAGCGACUGCGCCUCGAGGAGCCGGAGAGGAGGCCUCCGCAGCCUCCCCAACCGCGCAGCCGGACAAUCAUCCGGCCCAGCACGAAGGCAGGGCCCGCUAUUUCGCCCACUUCAAAACCACCGCCACCAUCGGUUCAGCCUGCGGUGGCUCGGAUGGCCCCGACCGCGCCAGCGCCUCCGGUGAUCCGAGCCCCGCUGAUCCCCGCACCACCAGCACAGGGGCAGGCGCCGGCACCGGCCUUCCCUGUGAAUGGCGUUCGCAUAGGUACUGCCAGAGCAAAAGUUUCGACAGUGCCGCCGCGUGUACCACGGCGCCUGACACGUGAAACCUCCACGGGGUUGAUGGUCGACCCACCUCCCAUGGCCGACCUACGGGACUCGCGGCCCUGUCCUCUUCCGGGCCCUCCACCGAUGGAGGAUCCUCCCUACUGGGCCUUGGACAAGCCCUUCAUGAAUUCGCAGCUGGCGCUUCCGCCCUCGCACCUGCCGCUGGCGUUGCCUGCGCCGCCAUUGCAGCCGCCACCACCGCCUGUGGAGACUCUGGAGUCGGAGCGCCUAAACAUGGCGGCGCCCAUGACGGAUGCGCUGGCCCUUUGCGAAGCACCCUCAGGCGAGGGAACCAUUUCCAUUGAUAUCGAUGAAGGCGCUGUAGCUGUGGCGGAUCUGCUGCAGCAGGAGGGUCACCAGAAGAAGGAGUUCCUAGAGGCGAUAGAAGCCCUGAAGGAAUUUCAGCGGAAGGCUGCGAAAGCUUUCAAAGGUUCCAACGCGCCUCUGACCAUCGACGUCCGCGUCGGUGGCGCAGGAGCAGACCUGGCGGACCUGGAGCUGUCGCCAGGUGGGCCCUCGGUCGGAAGUAGCGGCUACUACUCCAACAAAGGGAACUGGAGCGACGCUUUACCUGCCUCUUUGGCGGCCGAGCGCGUUGUCGAUGCCAGUGACAUCCGCUUCUCGCAGAGGUCGAUGAAGCGGCGGUUCCAGGACGGACGCAGCCUGGAGGAGCUGAUCCUGGGCCUCAUGAGGGGGACCUACAACUCCAUGACAGACGAGUUCUUGAAGCUGACCGUGGUGGAAAAAUCCGACUCCAAGGGCAACCCUGCCCUGUACUCAAAGGACAACCGGCGGCUAUACUGCCUCCAGGAGUAUCAGAGACGCAUCGGCCGCGCAGACGUACCGGUGCGAGUUCGAAUCCUCGCAUGGCAAGACGUUGUCGACGCCUGCAAGUUUCAGAGGAAUUACGACACAGAGAUGGACGGAGUUGAUAUUGUUCUUCGAUAG